CACCGAGCUGCAGCUCAGGACUCGGGACUCCGGAGAUCAGACUGCAUUUACAGCUGUAAAGGAACCAAUCAAGGAGGGGAAAGCAACAAAUUGGAUUUCCCCCCUCCGCUAUCACUUGAUGACCAUCAGCAGUUUAGAUACAGAGGCUUCAUCAAUUUAACACAACAUGAUGACUGAGUUAAAAUAACCCACAUAUCGAGGAUUUCUCUCUGUAUCAUACUGCUGGAAUAAGCUCACACUGCUGUGUUGAUACUGUCAAACAGUUUUCCUUGCCUGGCGCAGUCCAACUCAGCAGCAGUCGCAUAGGAUGCCAUACAAGCCUAUAGGAAGUGACUCUCGCAGCUUGACAGGGAACAAUCUCCGAGGAACCCGAAGGACGUAAUCUUUGUCCUGCGGAUCUUAUCGGUGUAAAAACACUCAUGGCGAUGGACGAAGGUACUGUCAGCGAGAGCAUCCCAGACCUCAAAGACAUAGAGGCGAAAAUCGGCCGGAAGACCCCCGAGGGUUUGCUCAGGUGGAUGCGGGAAGAGUCGUCCUCUCUCCGGGCAGACGCCAAGCUGGCCCUCGCGCACGACACCGGUAAAGAGACCGGGAUGAAGAGUUUGGAUGAAAAGAUAAGAAAACUGAAGAUGGAGAUGGCUCACUUGCGCUCGGUGGACGUUAAGAUCCUGCAACAGCUGCUGGCGGUGCACGAGGGCAUCGAAGCAGUGAAAUGGCUGUUUGAGGAGCGCAGCACAUUGACCAGCCGCUGCAGCAGCCUCACCAGCAGCCAGUACAGCCUGGGGGAGGGACCCGACACCUCUUGGAGAGGCUCCUGGAGCAGCUUGCAGGACCCCAAUGACAAGCUAGACAACAUCUCCAUUGGCAGCUACCUGGACACGCUGGCAGACGACAUGGAUGAGUACUGCCCUUCCAGCUCCGAAUCCGUCAUCUGCUCCACCACACCUCUAGUUUCAGAGGCUACUGCUGGGGGCCGCAUGGUGGGAGGCUCCGUGGCCACAGCCACUGCAGCGGUGUCAGGGCCCGUGUUAGGCCUGAAGUCCGGGUCUAGUGCUGUGGGAAGUGAGAAUGGUACUGGGGUUGGAAUUAUUCCAGAAGUGAAAGGUGGACCUGGGAAUGUUGCCAUUGGGAAGGGAACUGGAGGAACUGAAAGUGGGAAGCCAGCAGCUCCUGGCAGCUGUCCACAAGCCAAGUCUGAGGGCCUCAAGCAAGGUGCUCCUAUCUGGACCAAGACUGCAGAGACAGAUAAGGGAAGCCCCAUGUUUAAGGUCAGUACUCCAACACAAGGCCUUAAAGCUAAUGGUGUCCUGGAGAAAUCAACCACACAAAGAGGCAGCCCGACCCGCACCUGUCUCAGUGAGAAACUGGCAACCAGCCAGAGCCCCAAAGUUAAACCUUACAAAAAUGGAAAGAUUGACUUGGACACGUGCAAAAUGAAUGGCAAAAUGCAUCUGGAGUACGACGCCCACUGGCGCUGGGUGCAGUCGCAAGAAGAUGUGACGUUUUUGUAAGAAGAAGAAUCACAGAGAGGGACUAAAGCCACUAUUGAACACUCCUUCUGCAACAUCAAAACCCAGAUCACUGAAGAUUAAAAGAAGAGUGCACUGAUGUUGUGAAAGGCACAUAAUGGGGCUUUCCCCGGUGAAAGACACUGGGUAUGAGAGACAAUUACCUGUUUCUUCUUUUGUUCCUUCCUGUAACUGCACUAACUUCCUAUAAAACAUUGAUGUCAGUAUUAAGGGAUUUUGGACCAUAUAUAGCCAAACAGGGGUGCCUCACAAAAUCAACUUUAAAAUCCUGUGUCACAGAUUUUCCUCAGGGUCUUUUUAACAAUCCCUGAUAUUAUUUCAGUUUCUUUUCUUUUACGUUAUUUUGUUUUCCUGAAAAAUAAAGCACAGUGAGACGAUCUGCCAGAGAGCUGAAACAUGACUUCAGAUGGUUUGACACAUACUUUAUCGGCAAGUCAAAAUUGAAACUUUGCCUUGACUUUGACUUUUUAAAAAAUAAUCUAGGAACAAUAUUGCCACCAAUAUAUUAAUUCUGAACCUUUACAAAAACUAGUUAUUAUUAGUUACUUUGUAUAAUCAAUUUAACAUUUUGUGGAUUCUGUAUGAAAGUAAUUCCCAACUUUUUAUCUUUUAUCCUCUUCAAAUGAAAAAUUAUUCAGUUAUGGUGAUAGUUUCUGGGUAAUAAGGUAAAUGUAGCUGUGCCAGACGAUAAAAAAUGUACUCCUGGACUAGUUUGUAGAGGUAUUAGAGCAGAAGAUUUAAUGCAAUAUAUAUAGACAAACGUAUCGGGCCACAGAGUCCCUUAAUCCUUCAGGUGUUUUUAGUUUCAUUGUUCUAACUCUAUAACAUCAAGCACCUAACCAUGCAGUCUUCCUUUACAAACAUUUGUGAAAGAGUGAGUUGUUCUAAGGAAUUCAAGCAUGGUACUGUAACAGGAUACCGCUGUACCACUGUUGCAAUACGUCAGGUUGUAACACGAAAGUGUUUGGGAACCACAGCAACACAGCCUCAAAGUGGUAGACCACAUAAAGUUACCAACUGCUAAAAGUGCACCUGGUAUAAAAGUCACCAAUGCUCAUCUGACUCAGCAGUUGCAGACUUUCAAACCUCCUGUGAUAUUAACAUCAGCACAACAUCUGUGUGCCAGGAGCUUCAUGGCAUCAUUUCAAUGGCUGAGCAGCUCCUGUUGGUGUAAUGUGUGGGUGGGCCGGUACUUUUGCCCAUAUUGUGUGUAUUUCACAAAUCAAAAGCAAAUGUGUGAUGAGAAAUAACCAAAUGUUUUGUGUAUUUAACUCUUUUGUUUCUUCUGAGCUCUUCAAAUUUACCUCAGGGCCCAUUUGAAGGGGCCUGACCCUGAGGUUGGGAAUGACUACCGCACUCCACAAACAACAGCUUUUAUGAACCCCAGUGUACUGCAUAUAAGAUAGUAGUAGAGUCACUCCCGACGCAUAAUAUACUAACGAUUUGUCACGUCCCGAGGCGUUCCAUGGAAACGCGAAAGGUGACCUUCCGCGUUUCUAAGCUACGCGCCAGAUUGUGCGAUUUAAACAAAUUAAACAUACAUAUGUAGAGUCAUUCCAGACAGUUCUCAUGUUUUCCAAACUCAUAAUAUAGGGACGUGUUGGGCAGCCGAAAGCAUAAUAUACUGACGAUUUGUCACCUAGUGUUAUGCUUUGGGAGUGAGAACGUGUUGAGCAGUAAUAGUGUAAAAUCAACCUCUCAUUGAAAUCCUAAAUAAAGAUUGCUAUAUUGAUCCUUGUUUAUUGAUAAUAUAUCACUACUCUUCCAGUGGUUAAUGACCGCCUUAUUGUUUCAACAAAAAAAUAGAGAAACAAUGUGAUUUUCUCCCCAACUGUUUAUCCCCAAACACUUUCCUGAUCAGCACUAGAAAAUAUGUCAAACUUGCAAUAGAAGACGAAGCACUGAGAUAAAAGUUUAACACAUUAAAAAACAAAAAAAGUGCCAGUGAUAGCAUUUGUGUCUUUGUGAAGCUAAUCCCUUCAGUGCGUUACCAGACAUGUGCACGAUUGUAUAGUCACUGAGUUGUAGUACAGCUACCAGUGCACUGGUUACUAGUUGUGACUGGUUAUAGGCAAAUCUUGACUUUGGAUGAAAAUCUUUCUUCUGUUUUGACAAUUACGCUAACCUGUAUUAGUUUUCUUUAAAGCAAAUGUUGUGCCUGAUUGGUGUAAACCUUAACUACAUAUGCCUGUUUGUUCCCUGAGAUGACUGCACUGUUGUGAUGAUAAUCUUUUAUUAGUUUUGCCUCUCCGUGGGCUUUGCUUGCGUGUACAAAUAGCUAGACCAAAAGUCUGUGUGCUAUUCAGUAUCGACUGGUAAAUGUGUUAUGCUGGCUGGGUGGAUAUUGCUUGCCCUGUGCUGACAUCUUUAUUGGUUGAUUUGUGAGCAGUACGCGGAAGACUGAACACAAUCAGUGAAGAAAAGCAAUAUUUCCUGAAGGCUGUCUGCUGGCUUACAUAAGCAGCCUCUUCUCAGCAACUGAAAUUUAAUAAUACUGUCUGAUCUUCAAUAGAUGACAGUGCUACUAAUGAAGGAAUUGUUGUUCUGUUUUUUUUAUGUGCAUGUGCGAGAGAAAGACACAGCCGGCCUCCCAGGUAUGAAUAAGAAUAGAUGAAUCCCAAAGGAUCGCAGAUUUUUUCAGCUUACUCAUCACAAUGUAACUACAUCACUCACCAGUCUGCAGUUAUUCAUGUUAAUGGUGCAGGGAUGGUGCAACACAUGUGGUAAAUGGAGGGGAACAUAUUACAUAAUCUGUCCAGUUUCUUUCAGUGCCUGGAAGUGUUUGAAACUAUUAAAUAUGAGUGUUGAUAAAAUAUGAGCUUUGAUACUGGUUCCAACACAAAUGGGCAUUUUUCAUACUUUCUGCACAUUUCAGUCAUCUUGGUUCCAUAACAACAUAACAUUUCAUUUUUCUUUGAAACAACCAGAUGACUAUUCAUGCAGCCAUUUUGUAUCUGAAUGGUCACAGAUUCUAUUUUCACAUGCCACAUAUGCAGUUUGGGGCUCAGAUACACGAGAGUUAGCUUCUCAUUUCACUAUUGCUAGCUAUAAAAUUUUUCUGCACUGACCAUAACACUAUGACUUAUUUAUUUUGGAAAAAAUAUCAAGUAAGGAGGAGUUUAAAAAUGCACACAGGAAGCUACAUAAAGGCUCAGUUGCACAGGCCUCAAGCCUCCAGCUCCUUGCAAUUCCUCUGGUAGUUAGCAGGCUCCUGCAGUUGUCCAUGGUUUGUAUGGAAGACACAGACUGGUUUUACUUUGGAGGUGAACAGUAUUUUGUGUGUCGCACUGUUCAGUACUGCUCAGCAAGCAGCAAGUGUUUGCAGACAAGUUGGCAUUUCACAUGCAAAUUAGAGGUAACCAUGGCGGUCUGCAUGUGACCAAAGUAAUCGCAAGGUUUUAAAUGCAGCAGCAUGUGUCUCUUUGCAAUCAAUUUAAAAGCAACAUCAAGCAACCAUUUGUCAAACAGUCAGGCUAUAGACAUUAUAUUCCGAUGACCCGAGGAGCUAGCCGGGCUCUAGACCUGCGUAAGUGCAAUUUAGCAAUAAAUGUUACUAUGAAACACCCAUUUUUCUUGGUUGUCAGCAAGUGGUCUGUAGGCCUGUGUUACUGAGGCCUUGGAUAAUAUUGGCUGUAGAUGCUGGAGGCAAAAUUUCAUGACUAACUGUCAUAGGAUAAUAAUAAAGAGUAAACGUGCAAGUUGUGACCUGAGCUUUUGUACGUAACCUGCUGCCAGUCAGUGUCACUUUAGCUAGAUAGGACAAGUUCGCUUUCUGGUAAAAGCUCUAUUUUCGUUGACAUAAUUUAGAAAAGACAUUCUAGAUUAAUGAAAUGAUAUGUGAUAAAAUAGCCUAUCUGGCUCAAAUUUUGGAUACAAAAUUCUCCCAAGUGUACUAUUAGAAAAGAGAAUGUGAUGACUUGGCGUCAAUUCCCUCCAUCCUAAUUUAAUCAUGUUCUUAAACUCAACAGCUCCAUUUGUUUUAGCCACUGAAGUGUUUCCUCUCUCCUCCUGCUUUUCUUUUCGUCCUACUUUCCACCACCACACUGGUUUCAUGGAAAUGUUCAGUCAGUGCCAACACACAUCAUGCGCACACAAUGCCUUCUCACCGAAGACAGCACCAUACAGCCGGCACCACAGACGCAGUGACUGUAGGCUAGUCCUCGAGACUAGGGAGGAAAAGUGAGAUGAAGCUCAACCUUGAACUGACUGUGAAGAUGUUAAAAAUCCCAUCUUUUUUAUCCCUAAAGCCAAGCAGAGCAUCUCUCCAUCCCAGGAUAGUUACUUCAGCCAUGGUAUAUCCUCCGACCACAGUAUAGACAUGAAGUCAUUUGAAACCAUUUCCCUUUUUAACAUGUGCUGGCUGUAAAGCUAUGCAACAUGCCAAAAAAAUGUCUGCUCCGCCAGUUUGUGGUUUUUUUUCCAAAUUAGCGGAGGCAUAUGGGGAAAAAAAACUACGUUUAGUUCAGGGAAUGAGCCUGUAAAACACAUUAUAUGAAGCUAUAGUGUGUCUUUCUGAAGUUAUACUCUGUCCUCUAAUGGUUUAAUGUGUUUUCACUGGGCACAGUUGGAACAUUUGGAAAAUGGACGAUGUUUUAAACCUCUCCUUGGCAGAGAGUGUUGACAGUUUAGGUGCCAGGGGGAACUGCUUGUGAUCUGACUGUUUUUUAAAGUGAGAUGAUAACGGCUGUGUGCAUUAGCAACAAUGGAAGUGUUACUAAGUUCUGAAAAUCUUGUGAAAAAUACUUUUAAUCUAGAAUGAGAGAAAUGUCCUCUUUCUUUCUAGAAUUUUUCAUAGGGUAUGAAGGUGAACAUCACUGGGCAGAUCGUAAAUCCUUCUCUUCUGCUCUCUCUGUGUCCAAGAUUUAUCAGAUGGCCGGUGCGCAACGUGUUUGCAUUGGCUUCAGGUGCUUUUGGCUUCAGAAUACCUCCUCUGGCUAUUCUGGGUGCAAGACAAACAGUGUGAUUACAUAGACGAGCGGAUACCCACACGAACAUGGUUGCCAUGACAAUGAGGCCAAGCAGGCUUGAGCUCUAGUGGCUACAUAAAACAAUGUUUACUGCAGUGCCAGUAACAGCAUAGCAGUACAGUCUAAAUGAAAGCAGGUGAGAUAAAAUCUGUGAUAAAUGCAGACAGCAGACAUCCAAAUUAUUUGACCAUUAUACGUAAGGUCAGUUCAUAAAAAAAGUAUCAAAUGUAGUUAGUAACAAUGUAAAAGACUUUUAAAAAUAUGAUACUUUUUAAGUGAUUCUGUUUUAGAACUCAUUUUUAAUCCAGUCUGUCGAGUACCAGUGACAGAUUACAUGUGACACAUGUAAUCGUUGUAGACAGCCCCCUAUGUAUGUUAAACACAUGAAAUGCAAAACACAGAUCUUUCUCACUGUAUCUAAAAAUUGUGAUCUGUACUUCCCAGUGAUAACCACAUCAAAGCCCCAAAGUCCAUUUUUUAAAGCAGAGAACAGAACUUUUAGUGUCCUCAAGAGGCAAAAAUAAAAUUCAGUAUCACCCAUUCAUUGCUCUUCUAUUACUUUAAAAAUGAUACGAAUUCUGCAUUUUGGGGGGAAUGCUGCAGAGGAAAUUGCUCAUUUCUGUUUUUUUGACAUUUCCUGCUUCACCCUUGGUAUAAAGCUCAGCUAUCCUCUCUUUCAGCCACCUAAAAUUCGCCCAAGAGGCCUUUUUCUGCCAUUUUUUACCCAUUUUUGAAAAGUGAGAAGGCAAACUGGUGUGUCUCUCUGGAGGCAGAGUCAGCGGAUAAACAGUGAGCCGAGUGCACAGCGUGCAGCUAAAAGGAAGCUUCCACUCCCAGAGUCUUGCUGUUUUCUUCCUUCCUCUUAUGCAUACACAACACCCAAGCACAAUUUAUCCUGGGACUGAUAUGGGUCUCUAGAUAGCUGACAGCAUUUCCUUCUUUUAAGGUUCUUUUAUAUUUUAGUCUCAUGUUUCUGUGUAUUUGUUCAUAUCUCAGAAUGUUCAAAGUAAAUGCAAGAGAACUGAAUCAAACCCUACUGGGUGCAUGCUGGGUGCUGACCCAGGUCCAAAACCUGACUUAAGCUAAACAAAAUCUAGAGGAUAAAAAGACAAAGGCCAGAGAGACUGACUGCAGUUCAGCUGAAUCAAUAAAGUUAAGCUUUAUUUUGUUAUGCAAUAUGCCUUCUAGAAAAAAUGUUUGUCUUUUUUUCCUUGUAAAGUCAAAAUGUUCAAAAAUUAACAGAUUAUGUUCAUUGAUGUGGGCGAUAUAUAUCAUGAAGUAUGUAAAUUAUACGAGUGUGUC